GCUUCUGAAUUUGGCACAAAAAGGAGAACAUCGACUGAAAGCAAUGAACCCUGUGAAAAGAAGACCAAGGCAUGGCAAAUUACUCUAGAAGACAUCUGUAACCCACUGAAGACUCAGGAUAAAAAACCUCAGAAGUGUGAAAAGCCCCGUAUAUGUUUGCAAACUCUAGACAGACUGAGAGAAUUCUGCAAUGAUUCAGAUCAGCAAUGUAACAGAGUCCAGGAGGAUACCUGUCAGGAGAAAGAAUCUCUGAAUUUGGAAAAAUGUUCCAGUAUUGUUGGGAGAAGUUCAGAAUUGAAAAACCCUCUUCAGUCUGGGGACACUAGCCCAAAGGUUACUCAAAAGGAGGAGUUACGCUGUGACCUUAGUCAGUUUUCUGCAUCCCUUAAGUCUUAUGAAAAUACUCAAAAUACUUCAGAUACAAAUCUUAAUAGGAGAACCAAAAGCAUUUACACUCCACUAGAACUUCAAUUCAUAGAAAUGAAGAAACAGUAUAAAGAUGCUGUUUUGUGUGUGGAAUGUGGAUACAAAUAUCGCUUCUUUGGAGAAGAUGCAGAGAUUGCAGCUAAAGAACUGAACAUUUGUUGUCAUCAGGAUCAUAACUUUAUGACAGCCAGUAUACCGAGUCACAGACUGUUUGUCCAUGUGCGGCGACUCGUAGCAAAAGGAUAUAAGGUUGGAGUAAUAAAACAAAUGGAAACUGCAGCACUGAAGGCUGCUGGAGAAAAUAAAAGCUCUCUCUUCAGCCGGAAACUGACUGCUCUCUACACUAAGUCUACACUUAUUGGAGAAGAUGUGAACCCUUUGCUGAAGCUAGAUGAUUCUGUAGAAGUUGAAGAGGUAACAACAGACGUCCCUGAUAACUACCUCCUCUGUAUCUGUGAAAAUGGAGAAAACUUAAAAGACAGAAGGAAAGGUGACAUUGUUAUAGGCAUUAUGGCAAUCCAGCCAACUACGGGAGAAGUAAUUUUUGACAGUUUUCGGGACUGCGCAUCUCGCUUAGAAUUAGAGAGUCGGGUUUUGCGCCUGCAGCCAGUUGAAAUUAUACUUCCAUCUAGCUUGUCAGAUCAAUCUGAAAAGCUCAUCAGCAGUAUAACCUCCAUGAGGUUACGGGAUGACAGAAUUAGGAUAGAAAGGAUGGAAAAACUCCAUUUUGAAUACAGCCAUGCUUUCCAGAUGGUUACUGAUUUUUAUGCAGAAGUGCCUGGUACUACAGGUCCUCAAAAACUGUCUGUAAUACUAAGCUUGGAUAAGCCUGUUAUUUGCUCUCUGGCAGCAGUAAUUGCAUACCUCAAAGAAUUUAAUCUGGAAAAGAUGCUUUACAAUCCAAGCAAUUUCAAACGGUUGUCAAGUGAAGCUGAAUACAUGACAAUUAAUGGGACAACAAUGAAAAAUCUCGAAAUUUUACAGAAUCAG